UCCGUUGAAUUCCAUCGCCGUCCAUUAAAACAGCCGACUUGGAAAAUACAAUAUCAAAGUGAGCUCAGUUUUACCACAAGCUUGUGUGCUUAAUUCUCGUCAGGGAUGGCAUUUUCAUGCAGCGAGGGUAUCGAGAAACGCUCUCCGCAUGUGUAAGGCACGCAUCUUCGACUCUGUCGUGGCUCGCUGCUUUGCCUGGCAAAACGGAACAAUUGGUGGAUAACGUUAAUUCUCCUCGUGACUUCAGUUGAGCUUAUUUCAUCGCCGAAAUACAGGAACUCGGAUGUGGUUUGUGUCAUGAGUCCCGCAGGGUGCUCCCAUGUGAACGGGUUCAAAGUGGACAACUGGAAGCAGAAUCUGCGGGUCAUAUACCAGUGCUUUGUGUGGAGCGGCUCUGUCGAAACCAGGAAACGCAAGGCGAAGUCAUGUAUAUGUCACCUGUGUGGAGCUCAUUUAAAUCGGCUUCACUCCUGUCUCCAUUGUGUGUUCUUCGGCUGCUUCAGCAAGAAACACAUCCACGAGCACGCCAAAAACAAGAGACACAACCUAGCUAUAGACCUUUUGUACGGUGGAAUAUAUUGCUUUGUGUGCCAAGACUACAUAUACGACAAAGACAUGGAGCAGAUUGCCAAAGAAGAGCAAAGAAAAGCGUGGAAAUUGCAAGGUAUUGGAGAGAAAUAUUCCAUGUGGGAGCCUACGAAACGAGAGCUGGAGCUGCUGCGACACAACCCCAAACGAAGGAAAAUUACAGCCAACUGCACCAUAGGACUGAGGGGCUUGAUAAAUCUUGGGAACACGUGCUUUAUGAACUGCAUCGUUCAGGCUCUCACACACACUCCGCUGCUGAGGGACUUCUUCCUGUCCGACAGACACAAGUGUGAGAUGCAGUCCAACUCCUGCCUGGUUUGUGAAUGAAUAAUUGAUUUGUUAAAUCAAAUGAAAAAUUAUUUCCGAGAGUUCUACUCGGGUCACCGCUCUCCUCACAUUCCCUUCCGGCUGCUUCACCUGGUUUGGACUCACGCUCGACACCUCGCCGGCUACGAGCAGCAGGACGCUCACGAGUUCCUCAUCGCUGCUCUGGAUGUGCUCCACAGACACUGCAAAGGAGAUGACAAUGGGAAAAAAGCCAACAACCCAAACCACUGCAGCUGCAUCAUUGACCAAAUCUUCACGGGAGGCCUGCAGUCUGACGUCACCUGCCAAGUCUGCCAUGGGGUUUCCACAACGAUAGACCCGUUCUGGGACAUCAGCCUGGAUCUGCCGGGGUCAUCCACCCCGUUCUGGCCGCUCAGCCCAGGCAGCGAUGGCAGUGUGGUGAACGGAGACAGUCACCCGAGCGGAGCCACCACGCUCACAGACUGCUUACGCAGGUUCACUCGACCCGAACACUUAGGAAGUAGCGCCAAGAUCAAAUGCAGCGGUUGCCAUAGUUACCAGGAGUCAACCAAGCAGCUGACGAUGAAGAGGCUUCCUAUCGUGGCAUGUUUCCACCUCAAACGGUUCGAGCAUUCGGCGAAGCUCCGGCGGAAGAUCACCACCUAUGUGUCCUUUCCUCUAGAGCUGGACAUGACGCCCUUCAUGGCCUCCAGUAAAGAGAGCCGGAUGAACGGACAGUACCAGCAGCCUGUCGACUCGCUGAACAACGAAAACAAGUAUUCUCUGUUCGCGGUGGUCAAUCAUCAGGGCACGCUGGAGAGCGGCCACUACACCACGUUCAUCCGCCAGCACAAGGACCAGUGGUUUAAAUGUGAUGAUGCCAUUAUCACUAAAGCCAGCAUUAAAGAUGUUCUGGACAGCGAGGGGUACUUGUUAUUUUACCAUAAGCAGUUCCUUGAAUAUGAAUAAUGGCGAUGCAGGAGUGGCCGAGUCAAAGCUGUGAAGGGAGGAUCAUAUGAGAAGAGCGUUACCACACACACGCACACACACUCACACACACACACACACACACACAGACAGACACACACACAGACACUC